AUGGAUCCACGCCGCUCUGAAGAGGACAUUGCUGAGGUGAAGGGCAAGGCGCUACAUUUCGAGACCACCACAACGGCACCGCUUGGGAUCAGUCAGGAAGACGCUGAUUUCCUGGCGAACUUUCCCGACGAUCAUCGGAAGGCUAUCUUGCGAAAGCUCGAUUGGCGCCUUGUUCCCUUCCUGGCGCUCCUAUACUUGGUGGCGUACAUUGAUCGUGCGAACAUUGGUAACGCAAAGAUCGAAGGCAUGACGGAGGACCUCAAUAUGGAAGACACAGACUACAACGUUGCGGUGUCGAUCUUCUUCAUCCCGUACAUUCUAUUCGAAAUCCCCGCCAACACGAUCCUCGCUCGUUUCAAGCGCCCUUCGUACUUUAUAGGCGCUCUCACCGUCUCGUGGGGCAUCGUCAUGACUUUGACGGGUGUAGUCCAGAACUAUGGUGGUCUGCUUGCAACGAGGUUCAUGCUUGGGGUGUGCGAAGCUGGAUUUUUCCCGGGCGCGAUUUUUAUCGUGGGUCGCUGGUAUCUGCCGUCCGAGACCCAGUUCCGUAUCUCGCUCUUCUACACUUCCAGUGCCAUGGCCGGGGCUUUUUCAGGAUUGCUAGCCUACGCUAUUGCGAAAAUGGACGGCAUCGCAGGGGUUGCCGGAUGGCGUUGGAUUUUCAUACUCGAGGGAAUAGCAUCAGUCGUGUGCGGAGUGGCUUGUGUCUUCCUGCUAGUUGACAGUCCCGCGCACUCUACUCGCUGGCUUACCGACGAAGAAAUCAAAUUCCUGGAACUCCGCCAGAUCGUCCAACACGGCAACAGCAUGGCGGCGCGAGACGCCGAGAAGAAGCGAAAAUGGCAGAUCUUAAGGUCUGUGCUGCUGGACUGGAAGAUCUAUACUAUGGGGCUAGUUUUUUGGGGGAAUACUGCACCGAAUUACGGGCUUAAAUUCUCGAUGCCUCAAUUGAUAACAGACAUGGGCUUCGAGUCCGCGGACGCUCAAUUACUUACGAUCCCACCAUAUACCGUAGGAGCAAUAUCCGCGAUGGUAUCUGGAAUGUAUUCCGAUCGGUUGACCUGGCGUAUGCCCUUUAUAUGCGUACCACUUGUAGUGGUGAUCAUCGCAUACGCUGUCCUCUUCUCGCAGGCGGCCGACCUCGCGAACAACAUUCCGCAGUGCUAUUUCGCUCUCUGCCUCGCUUGCGCUGGCCUCUAUCCGGUCACCCCUGGUGUUAGCGCAUGGAACAUCAACAAUCUCUCCGGACCUACUGCAAGGGCCCAAGGAGUUGGGUACAUGAAUGCUAUAGGGGCCGUUGGCGGCAUCAUCGGAUCUUACAUGUACCUGGACCGCGAGUCGCCGCAAUACCCAACCGGGUAUGGACUGUCAUUCGGCUUUGCCGCGCUGGGGAUCGUCAGUGCUUUGUUCAUGGAGUUCAUCUUCAAGAAGAAGAACCGUGAGCGGGACCAGAUGUCGGAGGCUGAGAUAUACGAGAAGUAUACCGAGGAGCAACUUGGGAAGAUGGGACAUCGCUCGCCGUUCUUCCGGUUCACAUUGUGA